UUUAGCUCUAUAUCUCUUUCUCUUUCUAUCUGUUGAAGAAAAACCAACGCCUAAAGAUAUACCAUUCUUGGGACCUCUCCUUCUUCUCUUAUCUCCAUUUAUCUGGUUCCUUACCCUUUUCCUCGAUUGGUUGCUUUCUGUUUAAACUAUGUAGGAACUUGGAUUCUCAGGUUUCUUUGUUUCUGGGUAUUUGAUGCAAUUUUCAAUUACAGAGCUUUCUUUCUUUGGUAUAAGUUUAAGAUAGCCAAUACCCAGAACUUUUUAGCCAAUGGAGAUGGAAGAAGGAGAAACUCAGGAAAGCCCAGAAAUGGAAACGCAGAAUGAUGAGAGAAAGCGGGACUUAAUCCCUGAUGAUCCCUCACCAAGAUGUGUGCUAGAGAUUCCUAUUUUAAGUCCUGAAUCUGAUCACAGCAGCAACUCAAAUUCCGCAGAAACGUUAGUCCCUGAAGGAGAGGCAACUAAAGAGGGUAAUUUGUCACAAUGGAAGAACUUGCUUGAUACUUUCAAGAAGAAAUCAAUGAGGAGGUUUUCAAUGGCUCCAUUGCUUGCCAACUAUGAUAUUAUUACUAAGAGGAGUUUGAAAAGGAAAUUGACUAAAAUGCAGAAUUCCCCUGAUAUGAUGAUGAUUGAUUGGGGAGGCAUGCCAAUUUCUAAACCAUCCUGGAGAAAUUUUGAUUAUGCAGAACUUGAGGCUGCAACUGAUAAUUUCAGUUCUGAGAACUUGAUUGGGAAGGGGGGGCACGCGAAAGUGUUCCGGGGUUGUUUAUCUGACGGUCAAGUUGUAGCUGUGAAGAAGCUAGUCAAGAAUGAAAAGGAAGAAGAGGAUAGAAUUGGCGAUUUUUUAUCUGAGCUUGGGAUUAUUGCACAUAUAAACCAUCCCAAUGCUGCUAAAUUGCUUGGUUUCAGCAUCGACAGAGGUUUGCAUCUUGUCCUUGAAUUUUUACCCAACGGCAGCCUUGCUUCGGUUCUCCAUGGCGGAGGAGAUUGUCUAGAAUGGAAGAAAAGGUUUAAGGUAGCUGUAGGAAUAGCAGAAGGAUUGAAGUAUCUCCAUCAUGAUUGCCAAAGACGUAUCAUUCACAGAGACAUCAAAGCCUCUAACAUAUUGCUUGGUGAAGAUUAUGAUGCUCAGAUUUCUGAUUUUGGAUUGGCAAAGUGGCUUCCAGAAAAUUGGGUUCAUCAUAUUGUCUUUCCUAUUGAGGGCACAUUCGGAUAUCUGGCUCCCGAAUACUUUAUGCAUGGGAUAGUCGACGAGAAGACUGAUGUAUUUGCUUAUGGAGUUCUGUUACUAGAGAUAAUAACAGGCCGUCAUGCAGUUGGUUCGAGUAGACAAAGCCUUUCAAUGUGGGCAAAACCAUUGUUACAGGAAAACAGUGUUAAAGAACUAGCUGAUCCACAACUUGGUGACGAUUACGAUCCUAUUGAAAUGAAGUGUGCUAUGUUAACAGCUUCAGAGUGCAUUAACCACCUACCAUCUCUGCGUCCGCACAUGAACCGGGUGGUGCAGCUGCUGAAGGGUGUGGAAGCACCUGCAGAGUUGAAGCAAAAGAGCAAUCCAGGGAGGACUAUGAUCUUAGAUGGAUGCGAUAUACAAGAUUAUACAUGCACCAGCUACAUCAAUGACCUCAAUCGCCAUAUGCAACUUGUGAUGGAGUAGGGCUGAGCUUUGUCUGAAUACAGCACACAUAGGAGGAGCUAUUGCUGUUUCUGCUGCUUUAGCUUUCUGCUUUGUUCAUAUUGAGGAAGAAAAAAAUGUUUAAAAUGACAUUAUCCUGAUGCCCCCAUUUUUCUCCUUCAAGUUUCUUAUACAGGAUUUAAUCCCAAAGGGUUGUUUUACAUGAAAAUCAUAGAGAACAGUAAUGAAUUGUUGUAUAUACAACACUUUGAUUAUGAUCAUAAA